GCUAAGUGAAAAGAUGAUGUACAAGUUGAUAUUACUUUUCUUUUACAUCCACCGGUGUCUUUGUCUGGAGAACCGACCGGACCCACGCAUAGUGGGCGGUUUUCCAGCUGAUAUUGCCAAUAUUCCGUACAUAGUAUCCAUACAACUAUAUGGCAUACACCAUUGUGGUGGCUCCAUAAUAAAUAACCAUACCAUUUUAACGGCUGCCCAUUGCUUAAACGGAGUUUCGCAUCGUCUGUUGAGAGUUAAAGUCGGUGGAACCUCACGAUAUCGGAAGGAUGGGGAUAUAUUCCAAGUGGCCGGUCUGCAGAUACAUGAUAAGUUCAAUGCCAAGACUAUGGACUAUGAUAUCGGAAUAAUCCGGCUGGCCAAGAACCUGACAUUGUCUAGAAAGGUUAAGGCAAUCCCCAUAAACCCCAAAAGAAUAGCGGAUGGAACAUAUGCCACCAUAGCCGGUUGGGGAUUUAAGUCCAUGAAUGGCGCUCCAUCGGACCAUCUGAGAUAUGCUCGAGUUCCAAUCGUAAAUCAAACGGCAUGCCGGAAUUUACUGGGAAAAAUUGUGACAGAUCGGAUGUUAUGUGCGGGAUAUCUUCAGGGAGGUACGGAUGCCUGUCAAAUGGACUCGGGAGGUCCUUUGUCAGUGGCGGAACAACUGGUGGGCGUCAUUUCCUGGGGAGUUGGGUGCGCUUUGGCCGACAAGCCGGGGGUCUAUUCACGCCUUGACGCUCUGUAUCCCUGGUUAAACAAGGUUUUAAAUAAACUUAAAUAAAUCUUUAUCAAGCAAAAA